GAAGGGCGGCGCUGGGGGCCGAGCCGAGAAGAUGUUCUUGCUGCCUCUUCCGGCCGUGGGGCGAGUCGCCAUCCGACGUCUGGGGGUGAAGCGGUUCUGGAGCCGAGGUUUCGGCACCGCAGACAUGACGAAGGGACUUGUUUUAGGAAUCUACAGCAGAGAAAAAGAAAAUGAUGUGCCACAGUUUACAAGUGCAGGAGAGAAUUUUGAUAAACUGGUGUCUGGGAAGCUGAGAGAAAUUCUGAACAUAUCUGGACCUCCGCUGAAAGCAGGCAAAACCCGAACCUUUUAUGGUCUGCAUGAGGACUUCUCCAGUGUGGUGGUGGUUGGCCUCGGCAAAAAGGGGGUUGGCGUGGAUGACCAGGAAAACUGGCACGAAGGCAAAGAAAACAUCAGAGCGGCAGUUGCAGCGGGGUGCAGGCAGUUUCAAGACCUGGAGGUCUCUUCCGUGGAGGUGGAUCCCUGUGGCGACGCCCAGGCGGCUGCGGAAGGGGCAGUGCUCGGUCUCUACGAGUAUGACGACCUGAAGCAGAAGAAGAAGGUGGUCAUAUCGGCGAAGCUGCAUGGAAGCGGCGACCUGGAGGCCUGGCAGAAAGGGGCCCUCUUUGCUUCCGGGCAGAACCUGGCACGCCAGUUGAUGGAGACGCCUGCCAAUGAGAUGACGCCAACCAGAUUUGCUGAAGUCAUCGAGAAGAAUCUCAAAAGUGCUAGUAGUAAGACAGAAGUCCACAUCAGACCCAAGUCUUGGAUUGAGGAACAGGAAAUGGGAUCAUUCCUAAGUGUGGCCAAAGGGUCCGAUGAGCCUCCAGUCUUCCUGGAAAUCCACUACAGAGGCAGCCCCAAUGCAAGCGACGCCCCUGUGGUGUUUGUUGGGAAGGGAAUUACCUUCGACAGUGGUGGCAUCUCCAUCAAGCCUUCCGCAAAUAUGGACCUCAUGAGGGCUGACAUGGGAGGAGCUGCCACCAUCUGCUCAGCCAUCGUGUCCGCCGCCAAGCUCAGCCUGCCCAUUAACCUCAUCGGUUUGGCCCCUCUUUGUGAAAACAUGCCCAGUGGUAAGGCCAACAAGCCUGGAGAUGUCGUUAGAGCCAAGAAUGGAAAGACCAUUCAGGUGGAUAACACCGAUGCUGAGGGGAGACUCAUCCUGGCCGACGCGCUCUGUUACGCGCACACCUUUAACCCAAAGCUAAUCAUCAAUGCCGCCACCCUAACAGGUGCCAUGGACAUAGCUUUGGGCUCUGGCGCCACUGGGGUCUUUACCAAUUCAUCCUGGCUGUGGAACAAACUAUUUGAGGCCAGUGUUGAAACAGGGGACCGUGUCUGGAGGAUGCCUCUCUAUGAACAUUAUACAAGACAGGUUGUAGACUGCCAGCUUGCUGAUGUGAAUAACAUUGGAAAAUACAGAUCCGCAGGAGCAUGCACAGCUGCAGCGUUCCUGAAAGAAUUUGUGACUCAUUCGAAGUGGGCGCAUUUAGACAUAGCAGGUGUGAUGACCAACAAAGAUGAGAUCUCGUAUCUGCGGAAAGGCAUGACCGGGAGGCCCACGAGGACCCUGAUAGAGUUCCUGGUUCGGUUCAGUCAAGACAGUGCUUAGUUCAGAUACUGUAAAACUCCUUCAUUCCAUCUUACAUGGGCAGUUGAGCUUCAAAAUAUUCUGCAAUGGAUGAAAAUCUUUUAAAAGGAAAAAAGGAUGAUGUUUAAAAAUGUAGAACAAAAUGAAAUUUGUAUGCCUUGAUUUGUUUUCUCAUUUUUAUGCAGAGAUUUAAAAUUGUAAAGCUAGUAUCUUGCUUGGAAAACAUUUUUAAGAUAUCCUAUAUAUGAUGGUUGAAUUUUUAAAAAACUACCUAGUCACUUUUCAGAGUAUAUGUUUUUAAUUGAGGAGCAAAAUUGUAUUUCAGAUUUGUGACGCCAGGAACAUGAGUUACUGUGAAGUUGUCAGAAACAAUAAAUCCAGCCUUUUGUGCUCCUUG